CGCGGGUUAUUUACAAACAGGGAACUGCGCCAUUAUUUUUGUUAGCACUAGCGGUGAUUAGAAAUUUAACGAAACUUCAUAACUGUCAGCUUAUAUUUACCUAUACAGUUACUUCACACAAGUAUUUUAUCCGAGCGGUCGCUGAUAAAGGCAUUCGGAGAACUGAAAUUAGUUUUUUUUUUUUCAUAAACGAAAUGAUAGCUAGGCUAACUCUAGCUAGCUGUGUUAAGUUUUUGCUGUUGCGUCGUGUAACGUAACUGCUGAAGCAGACAAAUGGAGACAGAUUACCCCAAAUCGAGGAGAUCCAAGAGAAAACUCUGCUACCUUAAUGAAAGGCCAUCUAAUCAUUGGGAAAAACCGUCAUCACUCAUAGAUGCUGACAGGCUGUUUGAUGACAUUGGUGUGUGUGCUGAGCUAUAUCCAACUUGUGCUGCACUGCAGAGUUCUCAUUCUGGCACAAACCAGAGUGAGACAUCGGAUCCUUCAGUCCCGCAGGAAAAUCACCUGACAGAAAAUUCUCCAGUACUUCAAAUCCUCUCGAGCAAUCCCUUCAAACCAGUGACUAAAAUUACAAGUGAACUUGAUGAUGAUGUCUUUCAACCUGCUAAAAGAUCACCGCAUUUUAAACUGGACCUUGAUUUGGACAUCCCAUUCAAAGCACACGGUCCAGUAAAGACCUCCAGCCCUAUUGAACAGGAAAUGUGCAGAAAGCCAGACGAUGAAAGCAGCAGCGUGUUCCCGAUUCUUUUUAACUGUGACACCGAAGCUGCAGAGGAACCUGACGAAAACCCUCCAAACACCCAGAAACCGCGAUGCAAUGGAAGAGUCACAGACAACCGAGAASAGCCUGAGCCGUGUGUUCCGGCAGAUAGACCAGAGCAUGAAGGUUCUGCUGUUAAGAACAUCUCCGUUCCCAAACGGUCUGCAGAGACGUUCUCCUGUUCAGGAAAAGACAUGACGGGCUUUCUGCAGAAGGUCAAACAGUUGAUUCAGUCAAAAYCACCAAAGAAAACAGCUGUUAAAGCGCCUCGACUGCCUCUUCCUCCUCCUGAGCCAGAAGAGGAUUUUUUCAUUCUGGAAGACGAUGUGCCSCUUUGGAUUUCCAUCCCAAGUAAAAGUUCUACGAGUAAGAGACAAAAACUGAGCAAAGCUUCCAGCUCUGACAAAGAGAGCUUCACAAACAGUUCUGUGGAUACGCCACAAGAACCAGAAAAGACCAAAAACAAACCAGAAAGUCAGGUUGUUGUUCAAAAACCUAAUAAUAGGAAGAAAAGCAGCGAAAAGAAUACAGAGUCUGAAAAUCAUAAAGAGAGUUUGCCCGGUUCAGAGGAGAAUCCUGACCCGGUGGAGCAGCAGGAACCAAAGAAAAGGAAACAAACGAAGAAGUUAAAAGAGAGCAACAAGACAAAGGWUCAUCCUGCAGGUGAUCCUGAGGAGCAGCGUGAAGAGAAAAAGAAACGAUUAAAGKUUUCRUCAAAAGGGAGCAGCGAGGAUGAGGAUCAUCCAGGUGACCCAGAGGAGCAGGAUCAACCAACGAAGAAGAAACAACUGAAGAAGKUUUCWUCAAAAGAGAGCAACAAGACAAAGGUUCAUCCUGCAGGUGAUCCUGMRGAGCAGCGUGAAGAGGAUCAUCCAGGUGACCCAGAGGARCAGGAACAACCAACRAAGAAGAAACAACUGAAGAAGUUUUCAUCAAAAAGGAGCAACAAGACAAAGGWUCAUCCUGCAGGUGAUCCUGAGGAGCAGCGUGAAGAGAAAAAGUCAAAAGGGAGCAGCGAGGAUGACGAUCGUCCAGGUGACCCAGMGGAGCAGGAACAACCAACGAAGAAGAAACAACUGAAGAAGUUUUCAUCAAGAGGGAGUGACGAGGUAGAGGGUCUUGAAAGAGAUGGCAUAGAAGCAGUAAACUCACAUAAAACUGAACCAAAAAAGCAGAAGUCCACCAGAAGGAAGAAUUUAAAGGAGGGUAAAGAAAUCAGCCCAACAAUCACGACCGACUCAUUACAGAAGAGCAGAAAGCAGCUUCAGGGCUCUACUGCUGUGACGUCUGGGGCUGAUGAAGAGUUCCAGGAGCAGGGGGAGGAGGAGCCUGCAGGAACUGAACAUCUGGGUUUGUUUUCAGACACAGAGGCGGAUAGAGAAGCUAAACAAAAACAAUCAGCCGAGUCCRGAGAGAGUUCCUCCGAAGACGUUCUCGUUCGUCAGAAAAGAAAGAGGAGGCCGACUGGUCAGUGGUGGUUGACUUCGAGCGCAGAGGAAGCAGGAAACCCACAAUCACCCAAGAGGUCCAAACAGAACAAUAACAGGGAGCCCAGGACGGCUCCGUCAACUGAACGGGUCAGAAAGGACAAAAAAGACAAAAAAGUUUGCAAGCAGCCUGUGUCGUUAUCCAGCGAUCAUACGGACAAAACGAAAGAACGUAAAGGCAAACAGACUAAAAAAAGAAAGAAAAAAGGAGAAAAGGUGAAAGAAACGGGUGAAAUUGUCAACGCCACUGAGGAGCAGCAGGAGGACCYUGAUCAGGAGUCGUCCAGCCCCUUGGUUUUUACACACAGAGACCUCAGUCUUCACUCAGGAAGUCAGAUAUUUCAUCGGGUCUAUCAUCACUCCUCCAGUGAAAAUAUGUCUGUCACAUCCACAGCAGCAGAGGAGCAGCAGCCCCGAGAACCAGAACCAGAGCCAGAACCAGAACCAGCCAAACGGAGGAGAAGACCACCGAGCAACUGGUGGGAAGUGAACAGCUCUGCUGAUGUUCCAGGAAGCGCCUCCUCACAGCCUCAGCAGCCUCAACAUAAAGAACAGAAAAAACAAUCCAAACAGAAAUCUGGACUCAGCAACAUGGCAGCCGGAUCACGGCCACCAGGGGGCGCACUGGUGCCUCUUCUGAAGCCACUGUCUGCUCCAAAGACUGUCAAACGCUCCCUGGCAACAUUUAAAGACAUUUUUACUUCAGGGGUAGAGACCCCCACCGUGUACGCCAGUAACAGACGCCAUGUCUCGUCCCGUCCCGCGGAGAAGGAUGCUGAGUUUGUAACCAGCGGCGAAGCUGGCAGAGAUGAACUCUGUGGGGAUGUCGGUGAAUGCAGCGGCAUGCAGCACAACCACAAGACUCCACCGGACGGAGCGUGUCGGGCAGAGGACACGAUUAAUGGCUUAAAGAGUGGCCCCUCCUCCAUGAUCAAUCUGGGAACGUUUGAAGACGAGGACUCUGAUUUGCCGAAAUCCAAAGCCCAGGUUGCGCUGUCUGCAUCCGAUCUUUGUGCUCCUCCUCUCAAACCAAUGACCUUAAAUUCGAAGGACAAGGCUGAUCUUACCAAGUGGUUUCAGAGUCUGUGGUCCUCCACUGCUGAUGAUGAUGCUGUAAUCACUCCAGAACAUUUUCAGUGGUACUUCUACAAGGAUCGAGCCCUGGGGAUCCAGGCAGACCUGAACAGUUCCUCCAUCUGUCACGGGAAGAUCYUGAUGGGCUCCUACAUGAAGAAGCCCCUCUGGGUGGACCACAGUGCGACCACA